UACUUCUUACUUUAAUCCCCCUUACACCCAACAGCACUCAGGCCUUGACAUUCAGUAAUAUACUCUUCUGAUCGAGUGAACGAGAUAAGCCUAAGCCCGGCCCUACCGACAAUGGGACACAAAGACAACGCCGACGGCGUGCCCACCUAUUGGGGCACGUCUGGCAAGACCUUACAAAGAAUGAUUACGGCUGUAGCGACGACAGACUUCUUACUUUUCGGCUACGAUCAGGGUGUCAUGUCUGGCAUCAUCUCCGCCCCGGCCUUCACCUCGGACUUUCCCGAAGUCGAGGGUGACAGCACGUAUGAAGGUUUUGUCGUGUCAAUCUAUGCCGUCGGCUGCUUCUUAGGCGCCUGCUUUAUCCUCAGUUUCGGUGACCACCUCGGUCGCCGCCGGUCUAUCUUCCUCGGUGCUGCUAUCAUGAUUAUCGGUGUUAUUAUUCAGAUUACGGCCAUACCUAAUGGCUCAGGGGGAGGUGCCACGGCACAGUUUAUCAUCGGACGGUGUAUAACGGGCGUAGGAAACGGCAUCAAUACAUCAACAGUGCCGACUUAUCAAGCAGAAUGUAGUCACUCGCACAACCGUGGAAAGCUGAUCUGCAUUGAAGGCGGAAACGUCGCCAUCGGAACCUUGAUUGCGUAUUGGAUCGACUACGGCUGCACCUAUGGACCCCAUGAAUUCGUUUGGCGAUUCCCCAUUGCCUUCCAAUGCGUUUUUGCCUUGGUUGUCAUCAUUCUCAUGACACAACUCCCUGAAUCCCCACGAUGGCUUUUAACCAAGGACCGUAAUGAAGAGGCAGCUACCGUUCUAGCAGCUCUCAACCAUCAGCCCCGCGACCACCCGGAGAUUCAAACCCAGGUCGCUGUCAUCGUGGACGCUAUUCGUGUUUCUGGUCACGCCGGUGGUGUAACUCCUAUGUCGGCACUAUUCACUAACGGUCCGACUCAAAACUUCCGUCGUCUCAUACUCGGCGCCUCAUCUCAAAUGAUGCAACAGCUAUCAGGUUGCAACGCUGUUAUUUACUACUUCCCAAUUCUGUUCCAAACUUCGAUCGGUACUUCUCACAACUUGGCGCUGCUUCUUGGAGGUGUUAACAUGAUCGUUUACUCCAUCUUUGCGACUACUUCGUGGUUUGCCGUCGAACGUGUUGGUCGCCGCAAGUUGUAUCUCAUUGGUACCGUUGGACAAUGCUUAUCUAUGGUGCUUACUUUCGCCGCUUUGAUUCCUGGCACUGAGGAGGCGGCUAAAGGAGCCGCUGUCGGCCUUUUCACCUACAUUGCCUUCUUCGGUGCUACUUGGCUACCGUUGCCGUGGCUCUACCCUGCCGAGAUCAACCCUCUCAAGACGCGAGCCAAGGCCAACGCCACUUCAACUGUGUCUAACUGGCUAUGGAAUUUCUUCAUUGUUAUGAUAACACCAGUGUUAUUGAGCAAUACUGGACAGAACGGCUGGGGCACGUACCUGUUCUUCGGUAUCCUCAACGCCAUGUUCUUCCCCAUCAUCUACUUCUUCUACCCUGAGACGGCGGGACGUACCUUGGAAGAGAUUGACGUCAUCUUCGUUAAGGGCUACGCCGAGAAGAUCAGCUACGUAAAGGCAGCCAAAGAACUGCCCCGCCUUAACGAGACGGAGGUGCAGCAGAAGGCUCGCGAGUACGGUUUAAACCUAUCGGAUGAGGAGGCGACUGUCAGCAUUCACGAGAAAGCUGAGGGUACCCUUUCUACACCCCCUUCAGAUUAAAAUGAUGCAAUGAUGCAUGUCUAGGCAUGAGAAGCAGGUGGCGCAACAGGGAGCAAUGGUUGCUUAUGUUGUAUCACUCAGCAAGGCUCAUAUCCGAGCUAAUGAUGACUGACAUGGUACGAAAGUGUUGACGUUGAAGUUUACGUUUGCGCUGCCAAUGUUUCGAUGACGACAAUGAGCGAAGUGGUCAGGUUGGUCCGUUGACCAAGACACGGUGUAUGUGGCUGUAAUUUA